AUGUCAUGCGUAAACCGAUGCACAAGAGGUGAAUUGGGUUUCCGUGAAUUCUGCCGGGAGAAAUUGGGCAGUUUUUCUUUCUCAUUAUUGUUCAUAUAGCAGUAAGCGCCACCCAAUCACCACGGGACGAAGAGAAGAUCUGAGCUGUAAAGAAUAUGCCCAAGAAUAAAGGUAAGGGAGGAAAGAAUCGUCGACGUGGAAAGAAUGAGAACGAGUCAGAGAAGAGAGAGUUGGUGUUCAAAGAGGAUGGGCAGGAAUAUGCCCAGGUGAUUAAGAUGUUGGGUAAUGGGAGGUUGGAAGCCAUGUGUUUUGACGGAGUUAAGCGGCUCUGCCACAUCAGAGGAAAACUCAGGAAAAAGGUGUGGAUUAACACGUCAGAUAUCAUCUUGGUGGGACUGAGAGAUUACCAGGACAACAAAGCUGAUGUUAUCCUGAAGUACAAUGCAGACGAGGCCAGGAGUCUGAAGGCCUACGGAGAACUGCCGGAGCACGCCAAGAUCAAUGAGACGGAUACCUUCGGUCCCGGGGACGAUGAAGACAUCCAGUUUGAUGACAUCGGAGAUGAUGAUGAGGACAUUGAUGACAUCUAAGGACCUUCUAGGGGAAGGUGGAAUUUUUAUCAUCUGCUCUGAAAAUCAGCACAGGACUUCUACUGGAAUCACUGUACCCUCUGCCCACAUUUGUGGCUGUGUUACCUAUUGACGACCCCGCCCACACGUUCAGCCCUCCCACUAACUCAUUGAUAACAUGACUGCAGCUGCUUGCAAUUUCUUGCGGUGUCUUUUUUAAUGUAUUUAUAUCGAUUUCAUGUGGAGUGGAAUUUACUUACAAGUAUAAAAUCUCUAGAUUUGCAAUAAAAAUAUAAACCAUUUUA